GGCCCUCGCGUCUUCCCCUCCCCCAUUACCAUAAGAAAGAGGGACCCGAGACCCGUCGGGAUCAGCAGGGAGCCAGUCAGGGGGGGUUGGGAGGAGGCGCUCCUUUAGCCUUUUUCCAACUCGUUUUGUUUCUGAACACUGCUCUCCCCAAGCCCGCGCCUGGGAAAAUCAGGGACCUUGACUUCCAGCUCAGCCCCAGUUUUGCCUCCGAGCCUUAGGUAGGACCGAAAGCACAUCCCUAUUAUCCUCCUCGGGUCAAGGAAUUCGUCCCCGCGCCCCAGAAGGUAGGAAACUACAACUCCCGGCAUGCCCCGGGCGCCCCCGGCGCGCCCCCCUCCCGUCAGUUCCAUGCUGCUCCAUCCAGUUCAUUUAAAACAAAAGAGUUUGAGCGCUGGAAGGGGCUGGGCUCUAUUGGGGGCCACUGAGCGCAACUCCUGGACUGGGGCUCGGUGCGGGAGACUAAGGGGGGCGUCUGGACGGCGGGGUCAAGAGACCCCGGGGUCCGAGGCGGUGGGGUGGGGGCAGAGAUCCCGCAGCCCCCCGCCCCCCGUCACCCCGGGAGAGAGGAGAUCUGCUUUCUGGGUUUUGCUUCUCUUUUCCCCCCGCCCCCACCCCGGGGACUGGGGCGAGGGGAGUCGGGUUACAGGGUGUUUGGGGAGGGGGGCUUAGGGGGAGGGUCUAUCUUUCUAUCUCGCUUUCUUCCCCCCUCCCCAGUUCUUUGUUCCCCCCUCCUCACACACCCCCCUCCCCUCCUCUCCCCUCCCCGCCUCUCUCCUCUUUUCCCUUCCACCACCUCUCUCUCUCUCCCUCUCUCUCUCUCUCUCCCCCAGCUUUUGUUUCGCCAUGCCUAGUCUAGUGGUAUCUGGAAUAAUGGAAAGAAAUGGGGGCUUUGGAGAACUAGGAUGUUUCGGGGGAAGCGCUAAGGACCGAGGGCUGCUGGAAGACGAGCGCGCCCUUCAGCUGGCUCUCGAUCAACUCUGCCUCCUGGGUUUGGGGGAGCCCCCCGCCCCCACGGCGGGCGAGGAUGGGGGAGGUGGGGGGGGCGGCGCCCCCGCGCAGCCGGCCGCCCCCCCGCAGCCGGCCCAGCCGCCGCCGCCCGCGGCGCCCCCGGCCGCCCCGACAGCGGCCCCCGCGGCACAGACGCCCCAGCCCCCCACCGCCCCCAAAGGGGCCAGCGACGCCAAGCUCUGCGCUCUCUACAAAGAGGCCGAGCUGCGCCUGAAGGGCAGCAGCAACACCACGGAGUGUGUACCGGUGCCCACAUCCGAGCACGUGGCCGAGAUCGUGGGUAGGCAAGGAUGCAAGAUUAAAGCCCUGAGGGCCAAGACCAACACCUACAUCAAGACUCCGGUGAGGGGUGAGGAGCCAGUUUUCAUGGUGACCGGGCGGCGGGAGGACGUGGCUACAGCCCGACGGGAAAUCAUUUCAGCAGCCGAGCACUUCUCCAUGAUCCGGGCCUCCCGCAAUAAGUCGGGCGCCGCCUUCGGUGUGGCGCCUGCUCUUCCCGGCCAGGUGACCAUUCGUGUGCGGGUGCCCUACCGUGUGGUGGGGCUGGUGGUGGGCCCCAAGGGGGCAACCAUCAAGCGAAUCCAGCAGCAGACCAACACGUACAUUAUCACACCAAGCCGGGACCGCGACCCGGUGUUCGAGAUCACGGGAGCACCGGGCAACGUGGAGCGAGCGCGCGAGGAGAUCGAGACCCACAUCGCCGUGCGCACAGGCAAGAUCCUCGAGUACAACAAUGAAAAUGACUUCCUGGCCGGGAGCCCCGACGCCGCGCUCGACAGCCGCUACUCCGAGGCCUGGCGGGUGCACCCGCCCGGCUGCAAGCCCCUCUCCACCUUCCGGCAGAACAGCCUGGGCUGCAUCGGCGAGUGCGGCGUGGACUCGGGCUUUGAGGCCCCCCGCCUGGGCGAACAGGGCGGGGACUUUGGCUACGGAGGGUACCUGUUUCCGGGCUACGGCGUGGGCAAGCAGGAUGUGUAUUACAGCGUGGCCGAGACUAGCCCCCCGCUCUGGGCGGGCCAGGAGAACGCCACGCCCACCUCGGUGCUCUUCUCCUCUGCCUCCUCCUCCUCGUCUUCGUCGGCCAAGGCCCGCGCCGGGCCUCCCGGCGCGCACCGCUCCCCGGCCUCUUCCGCGGGGCCUGAGCUGGCCGCACUCCCCAGGCGCCCGCCCGGAGAACCGCUGCAGGGCUUCUCUAAACUUGGCGGGGCUGGCCUGCGGAGCCCCGGAGGCGGCCGGGAUUGCAUGGUGUGCUUCGAGAGUGAGGUGACUGCCGCCCUGGUGCCCUGCGGACACAACCUGUUCUGUAUGGAGUGUGCGGUUCGCAUCUGCGAGAGGACGGACCCGGAGUGUCCCGUCUGUCACAUCACAGCCACGCAAGCCAUCCGAAUAUUCUCCUAAGCACCCCGCCCCCUGCCUCCCGGAGCCACUCCCCAGGGGCCUGCCCCCGGAGCUGUUUUUCCACCAGGGCCUUUUGGAAAUCAGUGAUUGGUGGGGCAGGGUGCUUAGAGAUACUCAGUCGCUAGGAAGGGGGGAGGGGAAGCGAUGGUGGCUGGAGGGUGGGCCACUUUCAGAGCUGCUGGUCACCCUGUCCUGGAAAGGUUGGGAGGGGGCCAGACAGGAAAUUUUACUAGAGUUACAACUCUGAUACCUCAACACACCCUUCAAUCUGGAAGCAGCUAAGAAAAACUUUUGUUUUGCCAGAGGUGGCCACUAAGGCAUCCUGACCCCCUCUGUCCACCUCCCCAUUCGUGUGUCACUCUACCCCUUCUCUGGAGGGGCUGGAGAAAGGGAGAGGGAGAAUUGCCAUCUGUAUCUAAAGGUGCUCUUUCCAAGCCCUCUGGCCCUGGCCUCCGACCUCCCAGCGUGACCCUAUUGCCCUCCACCGCCAUAUCCUGUUGGGGAAUCUUACUGGGUCUCCAACAGUAUAAGGGGGUUGGGGUCCUUUCAGAAGUCUAUAGAGAUUUUUCUGGGGGGAGGCAGGGAAGUCUGUUAAUCAAUAAAGGGCUCAGAACUCAUCUGUUCCCACAAAGCUGGGCUAGAGGAAUUUGGAGGGGGGGGCGCUCCUCUCAGCCCCCUUCAGCUUUCCCCUUCAUUCUCUGCUCCGCCGUCUUUCCGACAUUUAGGUCCCUCUUCCUCUGCUCUUCCCCUCAGCUCUGUGCACUGCUUCCCCUCCGUGGCUGCCCCUCCCAGCCCUGACUUGCUCUUUCUUCCAUUCUCUUCCCUCCCUCCUGCCCCUUCCAGCCCAGCUUUGGGGACACUGUCCCUCCAGGGAGACGUAGGGAGAAAACGUUUUGAUAGUUUCCUCCUAAUUCCUCUUUUAGCAUCUGGAGGCCCUCUCCCCCAAUUCUCCAAAGAAACACCUCGAUUUCUUGAUGGAAUGUAUCCCCUUUCUCAGUGUAGAUUUGAGGAGGGGACUAAUUCUGGGGUAUACAAAGGGUCAAACCUCCAUCUUUAUCAUCUUUGGGCAUUACAUUUAGGGAGCAGUUCUUGGGCUGGGUUUUCCGGUGGAGGGAGUGGGGGAGAGCCAGGGUAGUGUGUCUGCUAUUUCUAAAGCAGGAAAGGGGCUGAGGCAGGAGGGAAGGCUGCUGGAGGGAAGGGCUGCUCCUCCUCUGCAGUGCCCUAUCCCUGCAUCCCUCUGACCCCCUGCAAAUCAUGAAGUCUCUGUCCCACCCUUGUGGCUGAAGAGAGAGACCAGAUCCUGGGAGAAGGGUCAAUCCAGGGCAGAGCAGGAUUGGGGUGCAGCAGGGCCUGUUCCAAGAGUCAUGUAUUGUUAUGGACUUGCAACCCCUUUGCUGCUUUCCUGUUGCUCUCUUGGGGCUGCCUCCCACCCUCCUGGUUCCGCUGGCCGGGCUGGGAGAGGAUGGGGGGAAUGGGAGUCCCAGAAGGUCCCCAGGAAAUUUUUGUAUAUAAUGUGGUGGGACUGUUGAAAGUGAUCUCUGAGCACCGAGCUCUGAGUCCCAUUUUUCCUGGAUGGAGAGGGGGUGCAGGGAUGGGGGUAAAGAGGGGAUUUCCUCCUCUCCUUCCUCCUGUUGUGAAUUAACUCACCUCUCCUCAGCCUUCCCCUCCAGACCACCAGCCAGGGAGGGGAGAGGAAGGAGGUCACGGCCAGGGAAACUGACCUGUGACAACUUCCCUCCUCCCGCCAAUGUGAGCCAUCCUGCGAUGUCUGUACAAUAGAAACCAAACCAAAUGGGCACCCUCGCUCGCCGAGGGGGGUGGGGAGGGGGGUGGGAAGAAGGGAUGUCUGUCUGUCGCGCCCCCUCCCCCUCUCCACUCCUUACCCACAAAGGCAGAAGACUGUUACACUAGGAGGCUCGCAAGGAAAACGCAAUCCCACCCUUACUAAUUGAGCCAAACCUAGAAACAAACGCAAAACACACGUAGUGAGAGACAAAAUAGAGGAGAGAAAGAGAGCGUGAGAGGGAGCGAGAUAGGCGACCAACACAGAGGAGAGAAAACAAAAAUAGCAAAAAAAAACACAGUUCUUUAUAAUUUAAUAUUCUAUUUUAAUAAAGGCGUUUAUUACCGUAUAAAUGUAGCAAAGAACCUGGGCUAAUAUGAAAAAAAAAAGACUUUUUAUUAGGUAAUUUAUUAUAUGAAAAGGAUAUUUUAUUUUAUGAUAAAGUGAUCCUUAAAAAAAUAAAAAAAUUUAGAAGGUUUAGAAUAUAUGUAGGGAGAGAAGAAAAAAUACAUUUGUAUUCAGAGUUAAAUCUUAAAAAAGUGUUUUUAAUAUAUGUUCGGGUUUACGUUCCUUUUUCCCCCACGUUUUUUUGGGGAGGAAUUUCAUUUGCUUUUGGGGGAAGCAUCCUGGGAUGGAUGGUGAAGAGAGGGGCUAGGGGAGCCUGGUCCCUCUGGGGCCAGGCAAACAGAUUGAAUUUCACUCCAUGGGCUCCCCUCCUCUCUCCCCUCCCCCUUGGGGGAGUCCGCAGAGCCAAACAAAGAAAGGGAUUAACAAGAAAGGAAGAAGCAGGACUGAGGAUCCUGGGGUGUCCCCCUCCCCCUGCCAUUUCCCAGGGUCUGGUGAGGAGGGAAGUCCAGAACUGAGGCCCAGCAGGUCUACGGGAACCCUCAGAGAGAUAAGAGAUUAAAGAGAAAUCGUUUUUUUUUUGUUUGUUUGUUUUGUUUUGAACCAAAAAAAAAGAAGAAGAAAAAGAAACCGAGGGGUUUAAAAGAAUACUACAAAAUAAUUAUUAAUAAUAAUAAUUCAAAUUUAUUUCAUAUAAUCCUAGAGAAAAAGAAAGAAUUACUAGUUACUUAGUAGAUGAUAUUCAGAUAGCUUAAAGUUUAGUAGCUCGAGGGCCCCUGGUCCAGUAGAAUGUAUAAAAGUCGUAAGGAAAAGGAAAAUAGAGAUGGGAAGUGACACCCUGCGUUGCCCCAUCUGCAGAUAGCAGGGUGGGAGCAGGUUGCUAGUUAAGGUUGGGAGCUUCCAGCCCGCUGGGGUUGAUUCUGAGAAUCCUUGGGUUUUUCAGUUAUAGGACAAAUAGAGGAGGGGCUCAGUUCCCAGGGUCUUUGAAAGGAUGGACACUGAUCAUUUCAACCAGGGGGAGGUGGGCUGGGGAGAGCAGGGGGAGGCAAGCAUAUUACCUGUAUUCCUGCACCUGGGGACCUUGCCGUUCUGUCCAUCCCUGUGUCUUUGUUGGGCAGCCCUUCCUCCAAAGUGAUGUGUCCUCUUCAGGUCUCAGGGAGGACAGAGACUGCUCAACUCAAACCCUCCUUGGCCAGCUUCUUCCAGGCCUCCCUGAGGAAGCCCUUGAAGUGUAACUUCCACCCACUUCACUACAGAUUGGUUUGAGAGCCUGGUAGGUCAUUCCACAAACACACAUGCACUUCUCAGCUUCUCAGAGCUUCAGGAGGACAGAGGGGGUGAGUCCCCCGUCCUUGUUCCCACCUAAUAUUCCACUUAGAUUUUGACCUCCGUGGCAAUAACAAUCUCAAUCAUUCUUGAAACCUGUACUGUGCUUUAUAGUUUUGCAAAGUGCUUUAUAGAAGUUAGAUUCCAAGAAGGGUUUCCCAUCCUAUGGGGUAAGGGGGAGACUGAGAACAGCCCCCAAGGGUACAGAGGCAGGGGUCAGGUGACCCUGACCCUAGCCCUCUACUCCAAUCCACUUCAUCUGUAAGUGUUCAGGUAGAGGUCUUUGAUGGUGCCUCAGCCUGGGGGCACAAUGGCCCUCACUAAAAUUGGGAACCCUGGCCUCUGUAUCCCAGAGAUAACUACUUUUUAAAGCACUUGCCUUCUACCACCUCCAGCUUGCAAUCAGGGUGUCCCCUUCCCUCCUGUCCAAGGGAGUGCAGAGGCCCCUGGGCUCUAAUUUGUUUAGAGGAGCCUGCUCCAUUACACCAAUGACUGUCAUUCCCCUUCCUGGCCCUAGAUCCCAAACACAUCUCCCUCUCCCCAAUUUACUCUUCUCGCCCCACCGCCCCACCUAGGGACAGAUUUUCCCCCUGCUCUUAUUGUCCUAGAAACCCCCGCUAGUUUGGGAAGGUAGCGUCUGGGGUGGGGAGGGCUGCCCCUUCCCCACUCCAGGGUGCGGGUGGGGUAGGGUGGGUGGGGGGAGACAGCCCUGGGGCAGGGGACGGUCUCUCCACUGUAGAAAGUAGAGUAGGAUUGUGGUCAGUUAAUUCGAGGCAUCUAGUGAAGACACAUCCACCAAGGAAAAAUGUUUCAAAUGCAAAAUAAAGGCGGGAAACAAAAUGGACCCAUGAAUAAUCAAGUCAAAAUGAUGUUGCACAAAAAUGCAGAGAAACCAAGAAGGGGGAGGGUUAAUGUAUUAAAUGUGCUAUUAAGAACUUAAUUUUAUUAAAAGUAUUAUUACUUAAGACUCAAGCUUCAUCUUUUGUGUAUGGGUCCAAACCUGGGGGGUGGAGGCACGGGGUUCUCUAGUAUAAUUCUGGUACCCCUGCCCACCUUGCAGGACGCAGGACGGCUCCUGCCUGCUCUCCGCAACUCUACUUGAGUCUCCAAGUGCUCAGUUCCCUCUCAAUUCUCUCCAUCACCCUUUCUAUUCCCUGGGGGUGCAGCCAGACUUUCUACCCUGCCCUGCAGAACAGGGGAAGGCCAGGCCCUGCCCAGACAACUAACUCCUGGGCUCUGAUGGAGAAAGGGCAGAGAGCUGAGACCCUACUCAUCCCCACCAGAUUCAAUCCAUCCCUACACACCCCCUUUUUGGGGUCAGGGAGAAUACCAUGGAAGACUUGAACCUUCCACUUCCUAGGCUUAAACCUUACUCUUUCCCAGUAUUCACAGACAGGGCUCACCCCGACUCCCUUUCCCUGUAACAUCGCCUCCUCCCUCACCCCUGGCAUUGGAGUGACCUCAGUUCUUGGCACCAGGGCCCUGGGCACCAGAUGGUGCCUGCCGAUGGUUUUCUUUGUCUUGCCUUCCAGAUACCCACUCUCUACCAUGCUGUCCUCCCUCCCCCACCUGCCCUGGGGGUUGGCAGAGGGAAGGGCGGGCACCUCCCGCCCCCUUGGCACUGUCCCCAGACUACAGGACUCCAGAGGCAGCUGGCCCUGGGGGGCAG